AUGGAUAUCGAACAAGCACAUAUAAGAUAUCCAUUAAGACGACGUCGUCUUCUAUUUAGUAAAGCAAAAUUGAAAGCUGUUUCACGUACAAGUGCUCUUCUAUCCGGAUUUGCUAUGGUUGCGAUGGUUGAGAUAUCAUUAGAUGAUCACAAAAAUUCUAAAGCAUCAGCACCAUUAUUAGUCGUCUAUUCAAUUGUAACAUGUCUUCUUGUUGGUGUACAUCUAUUAGCAUUAAUGAUUAGUACAUGUAUAUUACCACAAUUAGAAGCUGAUAGUUUAGUUGGUUAUGAUGAAUAUGCAUCACAUACAACAAUGCAUAUUUAUAUUGAAUUAGCUUGGAUAUUAAGUACUGGAUUUGGUAUAUUUUUAUUUCUUGUUGAAAUAGCACUUGUAUGUUGGGUUAAAUUUUUCUUUGUAACACGUCCAGCUGCUAUAGCAACAACAAUUGUUAUUGUACCAGUUAUAAUAUUAUUUUGUAUAUUUUCAUUACAUUUUUAUCGACGUCUUGUUUCAUUUAAACUAAGUCGUCAUCAAGAUGAAUUAAAUGAAAUUGAAAAUACAUUGACAACUGGAAGACUUGCGCAAGCGAAUAUUGUUUAA